CCUAUGCCUACGCUUCCUUCCUGACUUGUGCCCACAUUUUCCUCUCUUUUCGUCCUGUCCUCUGCUGUUCACAACCACUUCCUUUGCCACAUCCUCACUUAACUGUUGUUUUUCUCUUCUGGACCUACUUUGUCCAUGUCCUUCCGCUGCUUUGGCUUGUCCUUGUUGUUGCUUUGUGCACAUCCAAUUUGCUCAUUCCUGUUUUCUAUGCUUUGAACUUCCCUUUCGCCAUUACCUGUCUUUGUCAAUGGCCCCUCACCUCCUCUGUGUCCAGUGCCCAUGGGGGUCUUCCCCCCACCUCUGCAGCAGGUGUUCCAUGCCCCGCGCCGGCCAGGCAUGGGUACUGUGGGCAAGCCCAUCAAGCUGCUGGCCAACUAUUUCGAGGUGGAGAUCCCAAAGAUGGACGUCUACCACUACGAGGUGGACAUUAAGCCUGACAAGUGCCCACGACGAGUCAACAGGGAGGUGGUGGAAUACAUGGUGCAACACUUCAAGCCCCAGCUCUUUGGUGAUAGGAAGCCAGUGUAUGACGGCAAGAAGAACAUCUACACGGUGCUAGCACUUCCUAUUGGGAGUGAGAAGGUGGAUUUUGAGGUAACAAUUCCAGGUGAGGGUAAGGACCGAAUCUUCAAGGUGUCCAUCCGUUGGCUGGCCAAGGUGUCGUGGCGUCUGCUGCAGGAGACUCUGGUCAGCGGCCGCUUGCAGGUCCCCCUCGACUCGGUUCAAGCCCUGGAUGUGGCCAUGCGCCACCUGGCCUCUAUGAGGUACACUCCAGUGGGCCGUUCAUUUUUCUCCCCACCUGAAGGAUACUACCACCCACUGGGGGGCGGGAGGGAAGUCUGGUUUGGCUUCCACCAGUCUGUGCGGCCCGCCAUGUGGAAGAUGAUGCUUAACAUUGAUGUGUCUGCCACAGCCUUUUACAAAGCCCAACCUGUAAUUGAGUUCAUGUGCGAGGUUUUGGACAUUCGCAACAUCGAUGAGCAGCCCAAGACUCUCACUGACUCACAAAGGGUCCGCUUCACCAAGGAGAUUAAAGGCCUGAAGGUGGAGGUGACCCACUGUGGUCAAAUGAAGAGGAAAUAUCGUGUAUGUAAUGUCACCCGACGUCCUGCCAGCCACCAGACUUUCCCCCUGCAGCUUGAAAGUGGGCAGACAGUAGAAUGUACAGUGGCCCAGUACUUCAAGCAGAAGUACAACCUGCAGCUAAAGUACCCCCAUCUACCCUGUCUACAGGUGGGCCAGGAGCAGAAGCACACCUACCUGCCCCUGGAGGUGUGUAACAUUGUAGCAGGCCAACGAUGCAUUAAGAAGCUGACAGAUAAUCAGACCUCCACUAUGAUCAAAGCCACAGCUCGCUCUGCGCCCGACAGACAAGAGGAGAUCAGCAGGCUGAUGAAGAAUGCUAACUUCAACCUGGACCCGUACAUCCAGGAGUUUGGUAUCAAAGUCAAAGAUGACAUGGCUGAGGUGACAGGCAGGGUGCUCCCCGCCCCUAUCCUGCAGUAUGGAGGACGGAGCCGUGCCAUAGCUACCCCCAACCAGGGAGUGUGGGACAUGAGGGGGAAGCAGUUUUAUAAUGGCAUUGAGAUCAAAGUCUGGGCAAUUGCCUGCUUUGCUCCCCAGAAGCAGUGCAGAGAAGAGGUGCUCAAGAACUUCACAGACCAGCUGCGUAAGAUCUCUAAGGAUGCUGGGAUGCCAAUUCAGGGCCAGCCAUGCUUCUGUAAAUAUGCCCAGGGAGCAGACAGCGUGGAGCCCAUGUUCAGACACCUGAAGAACACAUAUUCUGGACUACAGCUCAUCAUUGUCAUCCUACCAGGAAAAACUCCUGUAUAUGCGGAGGUAAAGCGUGUAGGUGAUACUCUCCUUGGCAUGGCCACCCAGUGUGUUCAGGUGAAAAAUGUAGUGAAAACGUCACCUCAGACCCUCUCCAACCUCUGCCUCAAGAUCAACGUGAAGCUGGGAGGCAUCAACAACAUCCUGGUGCCUCACCAACGGUCAGCAGUGUUUCAACAGCCGGUUAUCUUCCUGGGAGCAGAUGUCACGCACCCCCCUGCCGGAGAUGGCAAGAAGCCCUCCAUUACUGCUGUGGUAGGCAGUAUGGAUGCUCAUCCGAGCAGAUAUUGUGCCACAGUGCGAGUCCAGCGGCCCAGGCAGGAGAUCAUUGAAGAUUUGUCUUACAUGGUGCGCGAACUGCUAAUUCAGUUCUACAAGUCAACUCGAUUCAAGCCCACCAGGAUCAUUUUUUACAGAGAUGGAGUUCCUGAGGGUCAGUUGCCGCAGAUUCUCCACUAUGAGCUCCUGGCCAUCAGAGAUGCAUGCAUCAAGCUGGAGAAAGACUAUCAGCCGGGCAUCACCUACAUCGUGGUGCAGAAACGCCACCACACACGCCUCUUCUGUGCUGACAAGUCUGAAAGGAUUGGGAAGAGUGGGAACAUUCCUGCAGGGACUACAGUGGACACCAGCAUCACUCAUCCCUUUGAAUUUGACUUCUACCUGUGUAGCCAUGCAGGAAUACAGGGAACCAGCCGGCCGUCUCAUUACUAUGUCCUUUGGGACGACAAUCGCUUCACGGCUGAUGAGCUGCAGAUUCUGACAUACCAGUUGUGCCACACUUAUGUGCGUUGUACACGCUCAGUCUCCAUCCCUGCUCCAGCCUACUAUGCUCGUCUUGUGGCUUUCCGUGCCCGCUACCAUCUGGUGGACAAAGAACACGACAGUGGAGAGGGCAGCCAUGUCUCUGGUCAGAGUAAUGGUCGGGACCCCCAGGCACUGGCCAAAGCUGUACAGAUUCACCAUGACACCCUCAGGACCAUGUACUUUGCCUGAGCUACACCAACCAUCACAGCCAUUGACCCCUCCCACCUCAUUUCUACCUGAGUGGGCUGAUGCUCACCACCUCAUCCCCAUCCCUUAUUCCCAAUGUCUGCCCACUACACAUACUCCGCAGCCUUGCCAGCCACCCAAGUCCAAGAAACACAAGGCCCUUUCACCUGUAAAACACAGCCAGACUCUGCAGCCUCAUGCAUUCAAAAGGUUAUGAAUAUUCCAUCCAUCCAUUAAUUUUCAGCUGCUUAUCCAGGGUUGGGUUGCAGUGGCAGCAGGUUCAGCGGGGCAGUCCAGAUGUCCCUCUCCCCAGCAACGUUUUCCAGCUCCUGCUGGGGGACUUUGAGCCAUUCCCAGGUUGGAUGAGAUGUAUAAUCUCUCUAGCAUAUUCUACCCCAGGGCCUCCCAGCAGAUGGAUGUGCCCAGAAAACCAUCAGUGAAAGGUGCCCAGGAGGCAUCCUGAUCAGAUGCCUGAAGCACUUCACCUGGCUCCUUUUGAUGUGAAGCAUCUGUGACUCUACUCCAAGCCCCCUCUAGGAUAAACAAACUCCAUACCCUAUCUCUAAGGCUGAUCCUAGCCACAUGACAGAGGAAAGUCAUUGUGACUGUGUGUGUUUCUGAUCUCAUUCUUUCGGUCACUACCCAAAGCUCAUGACCAUAGGUGAGAGCUGGAAUGUAGACUGACUAGUAAAUUGGAAGCUUUUCCUUCCAGCUCAGCUCCCCCUUCACCACAACGGUCUGGUACAGUACCCACAUUACUGCUGCCACUGCGCUAAUCCACCAGUCACUCUCAUGCUCCAUUUUAGCCCCACUAAUUUAUAAGACCCUGAGAUACUUAGUCUUUUGCAUGGGCAAGCAAAUCACCUGCAACUCAAAAGGAGCAGCCCACCAUUUUCCAGUAGAAAACCAUAGCCUCAACUUGGAGGCGCUACUUCACACUUGGCUCCAAACCACCCCAUUGCAUGCUAAGGGCACAGUCUGAUGAACCACGUCAUCUGCAAAAGGCAGAGAAGCGAUUCUGAGGCCCCCAGACCGAACACAUUACUCCCCCUGGUUGUGUCUUGAGAUCCUGGUGAUGAUCAGUUGACACCUCUGCUCCUCUCUUCACCUCAUAUAGCCACAAAUGUGAUGAUACAAACACAAAGCUGAUCAUUGAUCUUACACCUAAGAUGCUCUAGUACAAGUACACAUAUUUGGACAUCUUAUGUUCAAACAUGGCGUUUAUGGCCGAUCUAGUCCAAUAUCAACACACCAUUUGGGUUCAGAUCAGACAGGCAGUUACUCCCAGGCACACCCCACCAGGUUUCUCCAUUGUUGCACAUGUUAACAUUGAAAUCCCCCAACAAAACUAUGGAGUCCCUAGGUGGUGGUGGUGCCCUUUCCAGGACCACAACCAGAGUCUCCAAGAAGACUGAAUACUUUGAACUGCUGUUUGGGGCAUAAACGCAGACAAAAGUCAGGGCCUACCCCUGAGGAUCGUAAAGCUGCAUGGAGGAACCUUGUUCUCCACAGAAAACUCAAAGACAGCAGCACUCAGGCAGAGGCUCGUGAGUAUCCUCACACCUGCCCAGCACCUCUCACCCUGGACAACUCCAGAAAAGAAUAGGGUCCAGUUCUACUAUAUCAAGUUGGUUUCUCUCCACCUCCUGCACCAGCUCUAGCUCCUUCCCCUGUCAGACAGGUGAUGGUUAUGAAUAUUAUUAUUACUGUUAUUGUCAUCUUGUCCCUCAGAGAAUUGCCACCUAUGCGGAGGGAAUGUUUAUCCUGUUGAUCCUGGAAACUGUGUUGUUGGGGGCAGUAUCCCUUGGUAGGGUCUCAAGGAAAAUUGGUCCCUGGGGAGGGGCCAGACAAAGAGAUUCCAAGAACACCGAUGAGUCAGACUUUUUGGAGCUAUGUCACCUCACCCAAGGGAAAACAGGACCCCUUCCUGAAGCCAAACCUUGGAGGGAGGUGACCGCAUGGAUCAAGGGCCCAUGAGUCAUGGCCCAUGGGGAUUACUCAGCAUGGGGCAAAGCUUGAAAAAAAUUAUAUGGAGCCACUACCUUGUGGGUCCACCACCUACAGGGAUAGGAAUUGGGGUCGGGUGCAAUGUAAGCUGGGUGGCAGGCAAGGUUGGGGACCUGGGCAUGCUGGUCCCUGGUGUUGUAGAUGGUUAUGAAUAUUAUUAUUGUCAUUUUACGUUUACUUUAAGACAAUUGCUCUUUUUAUGUUGAAUUUUUAAAAAUGUGGGUAUUAUUAUGUAUUGUAUUGUAUGCUAUCUUCACACUCCUGUGUAUGCAAUACGGAUGGGAGGAAGAUAGACGUUAAAAAGAAAAAAAAUCCAGAAAACUUUUUUAACUACCACCACGAUGCUGCCUCUUGACCCAUCCGAACACCGGAUGCCAGUGUUCCAAGCCCCUUUAAUAUGGGGAUCCUACAGAGGGGUGGUACUGGGCACACACACUUACAGUACAUGUAUCAUUUUUAACAUCAUGAACUACAGUCAUGUUUUUAAUGUUUUUGAAUAAUGUUAUUUUUUUAUACAGCCUUGAGGAUUCUAAGGUAUGGUACAUUAGCACUUAGUGUUAGCAUGUAGGUGCCACCAGUCCUGCACAUAAGAGUUUGAACAGGUGUAGCAUAUCAUAGAUACAGGAGAGAAGUCCCACUGCACUCUUUGUGGUGGUUGGUCAGUCCCUUAGAGAUUUAGCCUAUAGAGGCAAAGCCUAACAAUAGAGGGACCAUUUGCAUAGAGUGUAUCAAAUAUACUUGCACCCCAUGCACCUAAACCAGCAUUAUUAACCAGCCGAAAGUGAUGCCAACCAAUGGAAAAGGGGCACUUAAAACAGGAAGAUAGUCUUUUAUUUCUGUAUGGAUUGCUCUUUUAGGAUAUACAAGGCACUUUUUUUUUUACUUAUUGAUUUAGUUUAUUUCAAAAUGGUGAAACUUGUCUGUACUGAGGCUUGACACACAGACUACCUUGACGUUUUCACACCCACACUUGCACAGCUUUCAGAACAAAGAGGUAACUAAGGCAAUAGGCAAGGUCAACACUCCUCUGUAGAUUUGAAUACAGGCAACUAUGAAGUCUGUGAUCACUUAAGUGCUGCAAAGCUGAACUCUCAUUCAGCAACUGACCUUGCUCCAACCAUUCUGCACAUUCCAGCAUGUAUCAGAGUUGACACCAACUUCCACCCAUGCACUUCUUUGCAUACCUAUACACAUCUAUCUGGCACCUGUUCCAUUUUUACAUGAAGCUCUUCCCUCUGCAGGCAUUUACAACUUAUAGCCUGGAAAGCAGAAGCACACACAUCUGCACCCUCUUAGUCUCUUUCUAAACAUGUAGAGACCCACUUUUUCAAAUGCACUUGUCCUCUUAUUUCCCUCCAAGCCAAACUAUAACUCAUCACCAUUUCCAUCUUCACUUUCUGUCAUUGCUGUCUAUUCUUACUUUUAACUGGCAGCAUCCCCUGCCCCAAUCCCCUAGCUUAUGUUAGCCAGUCCCCAUUGGUGCUCUGUGUGCAUGGGCCGCACAGGUAGGGGACUGUUACAUUGGAUAGGGUGGGCCACUAUUACUACUACUUAAUAUGCCCUGCUUUUACAUCUUGUCACUUUCUUGAGUAAUGAAAAAAUGCAUGUAAUUAUUUUUUAUGACUGGAUAUUCUGAGCCACCUUAUUUAGGUUUUGUUAGAGGUAGGAGCCUUGUGCUCACCACUGCCUGUCAGUCGUUUUGCCUCGAUUGUGUAAUGUUAUAAAGACUGAAUUUUUUUUCGUUUGUCAUUAAUAUGAAUAUUGUGACUAGUGUCAAGAGUGUAUCCUCAAGAAGGCACUGUAGAGACUGUCUCAAAAUUCCACCUCAGUUGCCCGUUUAAGCGCCUCAAAUCUUGUCUGACGGUCAGGUCCCCUCUGAGAUGAAAGGGAUCAAAAGAUUAGACAUCAGAUGAGUUUGAUUUUUAAAUAAUGUCUAUGAACUUGCAUAAUCAAAAUGCCUUUGUACACCGUUUUACUGAUCCUUCAUUGUGUCCAAGGUGAUUUGUAUAUAUAAAUAUAUAAUAUUAUCCUGUUAUGUAUUUUGGCUCACCAGUUG